GCCAAUUUUCUUCAAACUUCCAACAUUAAUUGCUCAAUUAAGAUAUUUCAAUGUUCUACAUUACAUAUACAUGGUUGCAAGUUGAAACAUGAGUGUCACCGCUGAAUCUCCGUCGCUACGAGGUGGAUCGAUAUUGGAAAAUAAGCAGGAAUUAAUCGACCUGAAAAACAUUGGAGAACAUGCCAGGACAGUGCAGCCCUUCAAAACAUCAAAACAUCAGCCGCUUAUCCAGGGGUCCGUGUCAAAAGAAGCUGCUAUCGCCACACAUUCCGCGCUACACUUUGACUUGACACCAGAGAAGGAGAAAAAAAUACGUGAUAUGUACGACCGUUUGGAUGCUGAUAACGAUGGCAGCAUAGAUAUUCGUGAUCUCACACAAGCCUUGUCGCUACAAGCGCAUAUCCCAGCUAGUGUAGCUCCAAAACUGUUGGAAAGAAUGAAAUCGGAGCACAGCGACCGAGUAACGUACGCUGAUUUCACAAACUACGUGAUUGCCCAUGAAGCUCGAUUGGCAGAAGUUUUUGAUAAAAUUGAUUUGAACAGCGAUGGAGAGGUAGAUAUGGCGGAAAUCAAAAGUUAUUGCAAGGAAAUGGGUGUUAAUCUUGAUGACCAGAAAGCAAUGAGUAUAGUGAAAAAAAUGGAUCAAAGUGGAUCAUCAUCAGUGAAUCUCAACGAGUUUCAAGAUUUUAUGCUCCUCUACCCCUCCACUGAUAUGAGAGAUAUGGUGGAUUUCUGGCGGCACAAUUUGAUUAUCGAUAUUGGAGAAGACGGACAAGUUCCUGAAGAUUUCACACCACAGGAAUUGCUGUCUGGAGUCUGGUGGAGGCAUUUAGUGGCUGGAGGUGUAGCAGGAGCCAUGUCUAGAACUUGCACAGCUCCGUUUGACAGGAUUAAAGUAUAUUUACAGGUAAACUCUACGAAAACCAACAAAUUGGGAGUGGUCAGUUGUGUUCAUUUACUGCACGCCGAAGGAGGAAUCAAAUCGUUUUGGAGAGGAAACGGCAUCAAUGUUAUCAAAAUUGCACCGGAAUCUGCGAUGAAGUUUAUGUGCUACGAUCAAAUCAAGCGAUGGAUGCAAGAAUACAAAGGGGGAGCGGAGUUAUCGACUAUCGAACGACUGCUGGCGGGUUCUUCAGCGGGUGCCAUUUCACAAACUGCCAUCUAUCCUAUGGAGGUGAUGAAAACUAGGUUAGCUCUUCGACGAACGGGUCAACUCGAUAAGGGGAUGUUUCACUUUGCUCACAAAAUGUAUACAAAAGAAGGCAUUAAAUGUUUUUACAAGGGGUAUCUACCAAAUCUGUUGGGCAUUAUUCCAUAUGCGGGUAUAGAUUUGACGGUCUAUGAAUCGUUAAAAUCAAUGUACACCAAGUACUACACUGAACACACGGAGCCUGGAGUUCUUGCGCUACUCGCAUGCGGAACAUGCAGUUCUACAUGUGGGCAACUAGCAAGCUAUCCGCUAGCUUUAGUUCGAACAAGGCUUCAAGCUAGAGCAAUUUCUCCGAAAAACUCAACACAGCCGGAUACAAUGGUUGGGCAAUUCAAGCACAUUUUGCAGACUGAGGGAUUCACUGGAUUAUACAGAGGAAUCACACCGAAUUUCAUGAAGGUAAUCCCUGCGGUCAGCAUUUCCUACGUCGUUUACGAAAAAGUUCGUAAACAACUUGGAGCCACCAUGACAUAGUAUAGCUACUCAAUUUUUCGUUGUUGUUUCCCUAGCAGAAACAUUCAGUUUUGUAUUUCAUAGUCAUUUCCUUCAAAUAUUUCUUCCAAUCAAUUCUUUCUUGUUCUCUCACAAGUUUGAUUUUUCGGGCUAUCAAUGUAAAGACUUGCCUUGUUAUUUUUUCAAUUGCAUAGUUAUUUAUCUAUUUAUUAGAUUUUCUGUGUUUUUUUUCACUCUUUAAUUGUCAUUAUUUCAUUGCCUUUUUCUGUAUUUUUUGAAACCCUGGUGUCAUUCUCAAUGUUUCACCUACCUUUUGGCACUUCCACUGUGGUAGUGCAACAGCUCUUGGUCAGUACAGUAGUCCCCGUACCAUUUUAUUUUCAAACAGUUACUCUCUUCUGUCUCUUUCUUUCCUUCUCUGAAUCUUACCAAGCACGGGAUUUUUCUAUCUUUUUUUGUUGUCCUUUCUCAUGUUCGAUAAUUCAAUUUGAUAGUGAAAAUUGAAAUAAAAAUAAAUCAAAAUU